UUUUUUUCACAUCCCAUCUCACAAGAGUUUGUGGGUUCAAAACCCAUAAUUCACACUUUUUUUUUUUUUCCUUCCCAGCUUUCCUCUUCCUCAUUCCCCCAAAUCGCAAAACCCUAACUUCUACCUCCUCCUCUUCCCGUCUUCCGGAGUUCCGGCUGUCCCUCUGUGGCUCUUUGUCUGACCGACUGUCCGCAGCGGCGCAGCCUCGCAGUCUUGCUGACCCGCAGCCGUCUGGUAGUGAGACGACCAGGUUCCUUGCUCCACCGACGUCCGACGACGACCACACGGCAAACGCGUCGACGCCUCUUGCCUCCAGCCUCCACGAGUCCACGGUAGUCUGUACAACAAUGGAAGACCAGGUAAUGACCGAUGAAACCGUGAAAUCAGCGAAGGAGCUUGCAGCAGAAGGUCAGAAGCAUCUAGAAGAGACAGUUGAGGCAGCAUUUCAGAUCCUGUCUGCAAUGAAUGAUGAGCUUUGCAACCCAACCUUGUGGUCUACAACUACCUCUUCUCCUGUUGCUAUUCCUGAUACUAGUACUGCCGCUACAAUCACUGCUAAUGGGCAUAGUGAGGGUUCAAAUGGUGAUGUUUCAUUAGAUUCAGCUCACCACUUCGAUAUGGGUGGUGGUGCUCUUGAAGAAGCUCGUCUUCGUUAUAAGUCUUCCGUUGCUUCUCUUCGUGCUGUUCUCAAUGCCUUGCCUCAGGGAAACAAGGAAGACAUGGAUGGUUCUGCCUCAGUUGAAGAUGAGGCUGAAAUCGGGAAGUUAGAAGAGCAAGUAUCUAGUUUAAAGACGGAUCUUGCAAAUAAGAAUAAGCACCUCAAACAUCUGAUAGAUCAAUUUCGAGAUCUUAUAACGGAUAUAUCAACAUGGCAAAGUCCUUGUUCUGUUGCUAGAUAGCUUGUUUUGAAGCAGUGCAAAUGCACCAGCAAGUUCCGUACUUGUUUUGUCUAAAGAGAGCCUCCAUCAUAAUCUUGGAAGUAAUUAGAGGAAAUUGACUUCUCCUGUCAACUUCGUAGCUAUCUAUUGAUGGGAUAUAGUGAUUGAUGCAUUUGUUAUUUUUUGUCGGCAAUAAUUUUGAUCACAGAAACCCCUUAUCAUAGCAGCAGAGCUUGCAUUCUACUCGUAUUGCAUUUUGUUGGUUUAACACCAGACCUGGGAAAAUUUACCCAACCUGAAACAAAUUCUGAUCCCUUACAGAUAUUAUGUGUUUCGAACAGAAAUCCUAGACCACCCGGAAAAUAUUUGAUACAGGCUAGAUGGUUUGGCUCAAAAUUACACAUACCGAUGUUCACUGAUUUGAACUAACCGGACCCUGGUAAUCAAGUUGCUUAAGGGGUUUGUUCAGAAAUUGUUUCAACUCAGGUAGCUCUGUACACUGUUCUGAAUCGUUGACAUUACUCAGAAAUUCAAUGAGAAUGAAAAGUAACAAGGGGGGGAGAAAAAACUCAAAAGGUUGCUCCAGCUACCGACCAUUAAUCAUCACAACACGGUUACUGCUACAAGCACCAAUUGCCGGUGUCCCCGACAAUAAAUUGAACUGUUACAUCACCAACAGCAUGAAAUUGAGUGGCUUCUGAAAAAAACUACCGCAGAUUGUGACGCUUUUCUAUUCUAGCUACUAAGUACUAUACCAAGAUAAUAAACUCUGCCAUUGAAAUUAAGUGAACUACUUAAUUCGAUAUAAUGUGUUCAUUUACUUAUUUUAAGAUAACAUUACAUAGGAUGAUUUUCUACGAGUAUGUGUUAAGUUUUUUAGGAGUUAUUAGUGAAUAUUGAACCCUAUACACCGACACGGGGUGAUAGAUGAACGGCAUGUUUAUUUAUUUAUUUUAAUUAGUAUGCC